UGCGUGGCUAGGCCUGGGCACCUAGCAAGCAAAAUCUAAAGAUAGAGACUUGUGCACAGAACUGUGUGCUGCGAUCUAGAUGUAGAAGUUUAUAUAAACUUAGAAUUUGGGUAGAGAAAUUCCUGUGUUGACUGUACCUUAUUCAAGAGCAUAACGACAAUGCAAAAUGUGUUGAACUUUUCUUGUUCUCUCAAUUCAGGGGUGUAUUUUGUUCGUCACAACAGUCACCACUUGAGCAGGAUCUACCCCUCAGGCCAGCGCCUCCAUUCCUCCAACUAUAACCCUCAGGAGAUGUGGAAUGCAGGCUGUCAAAUUGUUGCUCUGAACUUCCAGACACCUGGUGAGCAGAUGGAUUUGAACCAAGGCAGGUUUCUGCAAAAUGGUGAGUGUGGGUACAUUCUGAAACCUGCCUUCUUGUGUCAGCCUGACAGUACUUUCAAUCCUGAGAAUGUGGGAGGAGGUCCUGGCCACAGACCUGUCAUGCUCACUGUUCGGGUCAUUUCAGCUCAGCAGCUGCCUAAACCAGAAUGGGAUAAGCCCAGCUCCAUUGUGGACCCACAAGUGUGGGUGGAGAUCCACGGCGCUCCUAUUGACAACAAUAAGAAGAAAACGCAUUAUGUUGAAAACAAUGGCUUUAAUCCACGGUGGGACUGCACCUUUAACUUUACCGUCCAUGUCCCUGACUUGGCUCUGGUCCGCUUUUUGGUGGAGGAUCAUGACUAUACUUCCAGAAAUGACUUCCUGGGACAAUUCACUCUCCCUUUCCCCAGUGUCCGCACAGGUUAUCGUCAUGUCCGACUGCUCAAGAUGGAUGGAUCAAGCCUUUCACCUGCGUCACUCUUUAUACAUAUUAAGGUCACUCCCUGUCAGAAUUCCAAAUCUUCAGCAAAAUCGCCAACCCACUUUCCAACCAAGAAUCCCUAAUCCCACUUCUGCCUUUCAGCCACAUGAUCAUUCCAUGGUAGUUAAUCAGAGAAAACUCAGUGGUUACAGCUUUCUCUCACGGUAUCAUCAACUGAUUCAUUUUUUUUACGCAAUAGAAAUGUUUAAAAACUGUAUUUGAGAUUUGUUAAGAAGACAACAUUGUUAUGCAAUGCUAAAAGCCAAUUAGGUAAUACUAUCCAUACCAGUG